AUGUCGACUUCACAACCUCCCACUGGCGGCCCUCCCGUCGAGAAGGAUAAAUCGAAAAGGCGCAGCAUUCAGCGCUUUGUCUCGAAAUUUGUAAAACCCUCCAAAGGAAAGAAACACGAGCCGACUGAAACCACACCGGCCACCGAAUCCUCGUCUGCUAGUGCACCCGGUCCUUCUACCUCUGCUCCGGUUGCAGAGAAGACACCAGCCACGAAAACAACCGAUACUGUUCCUCAAUCAUCGAUCAAACCAAACGUAGAGCCCACUAUCAAGCUGGAAGAACCGUCGAAAACAAUACCGGAAGCUACUACAUCUACGGUUGAGUCCCCGAAAACAAAACCCGCGCUGUCGCUCGGUGCCCGGCAACUGGCUGAAAAGCAUGGUAUUGAGAUUCCGGAAGAUUGGCCUUACGCCGCACGGCCUCCCGCUGGUGAAAGGGUCGAAAAGCCGAUCCGUAUGCGUGUUAGACGUUAUUGCCAUGUCUGUCAAACUGCCUUUGGGAGCGAGAAGACUUGUCCGAGUUGUGCCCAUAAGAGAUGUGUAGAGUGCCCGCGUUCACCACCUUCCAAAACGGACAAGAAGAAGACAAAGACACAGCCAAAGGAGUUCGACCCUUAUGAAGGACUCACAAUGCCAAGCAAAACGGGAGGCCAGCCAUUGGUAUAUCGCAAGAUCCGUCAACGUGUGCAUUGGAAAUGUCACAAGUGCGAAUCCGACUUUGCUGGCCAGAAAACAUGUCCGAAGUGUACCCACAAUCGUUGCAAGAAGUGCCAUAGAGAACCGAACCGGAAGCCAACACCUGUUGAAGAAAUCAAACGAAAGAAGCCUCUCAAAUGGACGUGCUCAGAGUGCAGUGCGAGCGCUAAUAUCACUAAAGCGUGUGCAAGCUGUAGCCAUCCUCGGUGUGUAGACUGCGUUCGAGAAGUCCCCAAGAAGAAGAAGAAGAAGGCUGUUCUUCCUCCGGACUUCGCUUCUGGAUCGGAUACGGCUGCCGGACAAUCUGACAUUGAAAAAGUCAGUAGUGCCCUCGCGGCCACUACCAUCUCCUAA